AUGACUGCAAAAGCAGAGCUUUCAAGCUGGCCAGAGUACCCAGAGGACUUCAGCCUGCUGCAGCAGCGCAGCCUGGCCCACAUCAACUCCAAAAGUUGGAUUUCUUCGAAUUCAAUCCGUGCGUUCUCAAGGAGGGACGCGCACGGAGCUGGAGACGCAGGCAUCUCGCUGGAGAAACUCGUGCCAACGAACAAACUGCCUGAGUGCGUGUCCGCCGCAGGCAUCACAGAGACAGACUGUGCGAAGGCAGCAGAGGGAGACAAGAUGAGCCACUUUGGCCCCCAGAGACAUAGGCGCGUCGCAGCCAACGCCAGGGAAAGGAGAAGGAUGCACGGCCUGAACAAAGCGUUUGACGAGCUGAGGAGCGUCAUCCCCUCCCUGGAAAAUGAGAAGAAGUUGUCCAAAUAUGACACUCUGCAAAUGGCGCAGAUUUACAUCACUGAGCUCUCGGAGCUCUUGGCCGGCGUGGUUCAGUCGGAGUGCAUGGGUCCCCGUCCAGGCUCAGCGGACAAGACCUCCAGGAGGAGUCUAAUUCACGCUAUACGGCCUGCAGCCACCGCGCAGGACCAGCUGAUCGGAGAGCAGCGGGACCCCAGUGCCUCAGUGGGCCACCUUAUCAUUCUUGGACCAACAGCUGAUCUGGGGUCGAAUAAAUCCACAGCCUCUUCCCACAGCAGUGAUGGGGAAUCUUCGCAUCUCAGUGACAUGGAGGAAAGUCAGAAUGGGAGACAGUAA